AUGGCUGAUUCAGAAGUUUACUGUCCAAGUUAUGCUCCUUUCUUUGGAUUUGCUGGAGUCUUUUGUGCUAUGGCUUUCAGUACUAUUGGAGCAGCAUAUGGUACUUCAAAAGCCGGCAUUGGUAUUGCUGGUAUUGGUUCUUUUAAACCUGAACUAGUAAUGAAGUCUUUAAUUCCUGUCGUUAUGAGUGGUAUUAUUGCUGUAUAUGGUCUAGUAGUUGCAGUUCUUUUAGCCGGUCAAUUAUCACCAACUACUGGCUAUUCUUUAUACUCUGGUUUUAUUGCUUUGGCAGCUGGAUUAUCAGUUGGUAUGGGCGGUUUAGCUGCUGGAUAUGCUAUUGGUAUUGUUGGUGAUUAUUGUGUUCGUGGUUAUGUUAGAGAAAGUCGUUUAUUUGUUACAAUGGUUUUGAUUUUAAUUUUUGCAGAAGUUCUUGGUCUUUAUGGUUUAAUUGUCGCCCUUAUCCUAAAUGCCAAAGCUGACAAUGGUAUUUGUGUGGCUUAA